AUGUGGGUAUACCAAUAUAUAUGUAUACACACGAACGAUGUUUGUCAUGACCGCUUGUUUGCUGACUUAUCGGGUCUGUCCAGUGCGUUCCAGAACGCAUACUGCCAAUUGCAAUGCGACUUAGGAUACGAAAGUCUGAAUCACACGGUGUGUGUUAGAGAACAACAGAGAUGCGGCGCUGGAUCAAAAUGCGGACUUCAGUUUGCUGUAAUCGAUUUGGACGACGACGAUAGACAAUAUAUUCUUGACAUUCACAACUACUUCAGAAAUAAAGUAGCCCUAGGGUUUGAAAAAAGGGGUAGACAACCUUCCGCCAGCAAUAUGAACAUAAUGAAAUACAACAAGGAGUUGGAGUUUAUAUCGCAGUGUUGGGCCAAUACGUGCAACGGGAAUCCCCUCAUACAUGAUAGGUGCCGAAGAACUUCUGAUUUUGAACAUGUCGGUCAAAAUUUGGGAUUCAUCAGCAGUUCGAACCCCAAAAUAAAUAAAAUUCGAGCAAUGAAAGAACUUAUUAUUCUCUGGUACGACGAAGUGGCUAUUUUCAAUAACAGUUGGAUUAGUGACACAAGAGACAGGGGUAGCGAGUAUAAAGUUGGUCAUUACACACAAUUGAUUUGGGCUGAUUCUACUGACGUUGGAUGCGCAAUGACUUACUAUAGCGAAGAAAUUUUCAACGUUACCUGGUAUCAAGUUGUCUUCGUAUGCAACUACGGCCCGGGUGGCAAUUUUGUCGGUCUGCCCAUUUACAAAAUAGGGCAACCAGCCUCAGAAUGUUCGAAUGGGGAGAAACGAAAUCGACUGUACAGAGGUCUCUGUGGUAUUAGUAAAUAUGCAAAAAAUGCUGCCAAUUUUACCUUCGAUAUUUACGGUUAGAACUAAUUUCGUAUUAAGUAGUUAACUAACCUCAAUUUUUAACUAAUAAAAUGAUAUUGAAAAUGAAUGGCUACUUGAUAUUGGAAAUAUUUCUCUCUGAAUUUUCUACCCCUCUUUUAUG